AAUCUUCUUUUCUUCGAUUCAAUUUUGUGAUUUAAUAGAUCUAGUUGAUGGAAACGUUUAAAAAAAUAAUAAUCAUAGCAUAAACUGUACAAUCAUAACCAGUCUUAUCAAUAUUUUAUUUUCUCGCUCAUUUUACAUUACUUAUUGCGAUUCGAGGUAAGAUCCCCUCAAUCAAUAUAUAGUUUCGUUUUAAAGUUCUUUCGUGGAAUUGAAUUAGUUUCAGAAACUGUAUUAAAGUAAAUGAUUAUAAUCUUAUUUUCGUUUUAUUUUACAUGUAAUCCAGCAUUCUUUUAAAUCUACGACGGGAUGCUUUUACUACGUGCAUGGUUAGACUUCUAUGAUUAGACUUCCAUUAAAACUAUGGACAGGCUCUCAAUUAUCAUAAUAAGCACAUUUUGAUGUCGAUGAGUUGUCAUCAUCCAUGAGUUGUCUUUCCAUGACUUGUCGUGUCGGUUCCCAUAACAGCUGUUCUGAUUUUGAUAAUCGUAUAUCUUUUAUGGAAACAGAAUAAGAAGAGGACAACAAAAAAUAUACUAGAUGACCCAGAGUCCCUUGGGGAUGUGAUGGUGCAGAGAAAAUCAAAAGAGGACAGACAGAGAGUCUACGGGGAGGAAAAGCGAAGAGAUGGCAAAAAUGGAGAUAUAGAGAUUGAAAUGGCGCCUUUGAGGGAGAGGGAUGACACGGUGGACGAAAAUGACAAGCACCAGUUCGUCGAAACACCUAACAAGACAGAGAGAGGUUCACAAACAGAAAAAAGAAAGAUUGAGAAUCUUGACAAAUAUACACAAACUGAUAAUGAUUUGAGGAAUAAGAGGAGAUCAAAAGCAAAUAAAUCUUCGGAUUCAACAGCAACGCACUCUGCCAAGAAAAAUGCGGUGGAUACUUUCAAUGUGCUAGAAUUUGGAACGCCAAAGGGAAACAAGAAUCUCGGGAACACUUGCUUCUUCAAUUCGUCCUUGCAGGCUUUGUUUGUUACGAAAUCCUUCAAUGAUUCCCUCUCCAGCUUGAAGGCAACGUCAACAGAGUUCGAGGAUUUAACAUUAACAAAACAAGUGCUGGGUUUGCUUGAAAAACGGAAAGAACGAAGUGGAAGUCACACUGCGGAAUUGAAAAGCGUCUUGAAUGCUCUAGGGAAAAUAAAUAGCCAGUUUAAUCGGAGAACACAGGAGGAUAGCUUUGAAUUAUUGAAUACAUUGCUUGGAGGAAUAUUUGACGAGCUUAAACAUAUCGAAGAUAAAAGAAGAUUACAAUUAACAAAUGCUGAUACCCAGGAUAACGAGAUCGAUUUCAGAAGACUGUUCACAGGGUUAUUUAUAUCAAUCUACGUUUAUGACUCUUGCAACGAUGUUGAAGUCGAUUUUGAGGAGUUUACAACUUUAAGCAUUCCAAUAGGAGAACGCCUUGAAUUUGACUGCGAUACAUUACCCCAUCAUGGCUUACAAACGAUUUCACUAGAUGAACCAGAUAUUGGCAUUGAGAAGGGUUUGGCCAUCUUAACUCAAAUUGAAGACUUUCUGGAGAGUGACUUGCCUUGUCGAAUUUGCAAUAAAGAGGGAUCAGGAAAAGCCUAUAAGCGGCUGUUGGUAUUUCAACCUCCCCCCGUUCUCGUAAUACACAUUGACAGAUUCAGGAUGAACGAUGUCAGUCAUUUAACAAAAAACACAGAGCGUGUGCAGUAUCCACGUAGAUUGAGUCUAGCCAAGUUCUGUUCGAAAGCAAACAAAACAAUACCCAAAGAAGAUAUGGUAUAUGAACUGUAUGCUGUGGUAGUCCAUGCAGGUGGAAUCGGCGGUGGCCACUACUAUGCUUAUGUUAACACCACACGGCGACAUGAUGUUGACAGAUGGCAAAGGCAUCUCAGGAGAACGACUGGAGAUUUGGAAAAAUUGAAAUGCGAGAUAGAAAAUAUUUUGAAAAAGAAGCACGAAUUUGAAAAUGAUGAAAACCAUGAAAAUCAAUGUGAUGUGAAGGAUUCUUGGUUUUAUAUCAGCGAUGACAACGUUACUGAGGCAAAUGUAAAUGAAGUCAUGUCUCACAAAGAUGCGUACAUUCUGUUUUAUGAAGUGCAAUAGAGCAAUAACAAAGACACUCUGUUACAUUAGAAUAUUGUCUUUGUAAUAUAUGUGGACAAAAGAUUUUAUCACUACUGGUAAUUAUUAAACUUACUCCGCUAAUAAAAGGGAUAAAUGUUA